AGCAGCCCGAGCCCGGGAUGUGGGCAGAGCAGCAAAGCGGGGGCUGAGCCCGGGACCGCCCCAGCGGGGCCCCUACGGCCGGGACUGCGCAGCACCCCCCGGGCUCCCGGGCCAGCCGCUGCCUCGCUCCGGCCCCUCCCGGAGAGUUCGGACCCCGGAGCACGGAGUGGGGACACACUCCUACGUUUUCGGUCACGAACAGCGCCGACGGGCCCGGCAACAUGUCCUACGUGAAGGAGACCGUGGACAGGCUGCUCCAAGGCUACGACAUCCGCCUCCGCCCUGACUUCGGAGGUCCGCCCGUGGAUGUGGGCAUGCGGAUAGAGAUCGCCAGCAUCGACGUGGUCUCGGAAGUCAACAUGGACUACACCUUGACCAUGUACUUUCAGCAGUCCUGGAGGGAUAAAAGGCUCUCUUAUUCUGGAAUACCUUUGAACUUAACUCUGGACAACAGAGUGGCUGACCAGCUCUGGGUGCCGGACACGUAUUUCCAAAAUGACAAGAAAUCAUUUGUCCAUGGGGUGACGGUGAAAAACCGAAUGAUUCGGCUCCAUCCAGAUGGGACAGUCCUUUAUGGCCUACGGAUCACAACAACAGCAGCUUGCAUGAUGGAUCUACGCAGAUAUCCUCUGGAUGAACAAAACUGCACACUAGAAAUUGAAAGCUAUGGAUACACUACUGAUGAUAUUGAAUUUUACUGGAAUGGAGGAGAGUCAGCAGUAACAGGAGUUAAUAACAUCGAGCUCCCACAAUUUUCUAUUGUGGACUACAAGAUGGUAUCAAAGAGAGUGGAAUUUACAACAGGGGCAUAUCCUCGACUAUCACUUAGCUUCCGGCUUAAAAGAAAUAUUGGAUACUUCAUUUUGCAAACCUAUAUGCCUUCCACGCUGAUCACAAUUCUGUCAUGGGUGUCUUUUUGGAUCAAUUAUGAUGCCUCUGCAGCCAGAGUUGCUCUAGGAAUCACAACUGUGCUGACCAUGACCACCAUCAGCACCCACCUCAGGGAGACCUUGCCAAAGAUUCCCUAUGUCAAGGCAAUAGAUAUUUACUUGAUGGGGUGCUUUGUGUUUGUGUUCCUGGCCUUGCUGGAAUAUGCCUUUGUAAACUACAUAUUCUUUGGGAAAGGACCUCAACAUCAAAAAAAGACAGCAGGCAGAGCAGGACAUGCUACAGGAGAGAAGAGCAGACUGGAAACAAAUAGAGUCCAGGUGGAUGCCCAUGGGAACAUGCUUCUGGGACCACUUGAACUACGAAAUAACAUUUGCAGCUCAGAGGUGUUCACGAGCCUCCAUGGCCCCCAAGCCACCACGUACACGUACGACAGUGCCAGCCUGCAGUACAGAAGAGCCACUUCCAGCAGAGACCUCUACAACAGGAGUGCUCUGGACAGGCACAGGCUCCAUAAAAAAGGACACUUACGCAGGAGGGCAUCCCAGAUCAAAGUCAAAAUCCCUGAUUUGACUGAUGUUAACCUGAUAGACAAGUGGUCCAGAAUGGUCUUUCCCAUCAUGUUUAUUCUUUUUAAUGUUGCUUACUGGCUGUAUUAUGUCCACUAAGUUAUGCAAUAAUGUUACCACAGACUAACAUAAUAAGACUUGUUUCUUUUGCUUCUCAAUUUCAUUAACUGAAGAACUGCAGUAGCUGUAACGUUCCAUGUUCAACAUAAGAUACUCCACCAUAGAACACUUCUAGAUUUAAGCUUUUUAAAAUAAACAACAACCCAACACAAAUCCAGGGUCGCAAUAUUUAGAUCAAAACAGUUCAGAUCAGCUCGUAAGGAGCAUUUUGAGAAAAUUGCUCUAUCUUGAUUUUUACAAAGUUUAUGCAUCACCCAUGACCUUUCUGUGCCAAAUUGAAUUUUUUUUUAAGUGGAAAUUUUUCCCACUGUAUUUCUUAUCACAUAUUGGCAGCUCACACCAGCAUGCUUCCAAACAACACAGUCAAACUACUAGUAGUAUCUAUGUCACUGUCUUUCCCCAUUUAGAGUGUAGAGAAAUUUGAAGAAAUUACAGUUUAAAGGAUUAUAACUAUUGCACCAUGCUUCAUUUCAAACCUAAUAGCUUUACUGGGAAGUAUUUCCAUAGUGCAUUUGAGAAGUAUCACUCAAGGAGAGGUCAAAUAACAUUUUCAUAGACAGACAUCUUCAAAAGAAAUAAAGGAUAGCAGAGGAAAAUCCCACUGAGUAUCCAAGCAAGGAAUCAGCUGAUUACAUCUCAAUGGAAUUCAGUUAUUUCCACAAAGUAGCAAAGUUUAUAUUUAUGAGAACAGUUGUGCCAUAUGUAAUUUUGUAUUAAAAACACACCACACAUGUUGUUUCCUUGAAGCAACUCUGUGGGAUACUCCAGACCAAGAUUUUUCUUAAUGCCCAGGUUUCCUGUGGUUGGCAAUUGCAACAUACUCCCAAAAGUUGGUAGAUCUCUGGGAACAGAUCUGAGGAAAUUUUUGCACACAGUUUCCUUCAGAUUGCUUUAUUCCACUGAGAACCAGGAGAUGCAGCUGAGUCUUAGGGCACACUGGCAAUGCCGGGUGUACUCCUCCUGAGGAGCUGCCUCUUCUUACCUGGCUGCCUAUUGCCUGACACAACACCCACCAAGGAGCCACAGGCAAAGGGCUAGCAACGUCCAUGCAACUGAGAACCAAUAGGUCAGUCAUCUUAUAUCUAUAUUAAAUCAAUUUUCCUUCUCUAUUUUCAAUUGUUUCCUAACAGCAAUGACACUAUAUUGCCUAACAUAGCAUUUUAUUGAAACAAUAAUCAGUUAAUUUCUUUUUGUAUUACAAGUGUUUCAUACUUUAGGAGAGCCAAGAUAUACAAGCCAACAGAAUCUGUCUAGGUACUGAGGUGGUGUUAUCAAUGGAAGCUGGUACAGAAAGAAACAUUGCUGAGGAUACAAAUAAAAAAGCUAUGUGGAAAACUUCUUCAGUAGUUCCUCACUGCCUGGCAGUAAGGACAGCUGAUGACCUUAUUGCCAAGUGGCAUUGCAAUCUCUUUAAUCAGAACAUAAUAAUAAAUUAAACCCUCCUACAUGUUAUUGUUUGUCACAUUGUGAAAUUGAACCUGCUCACAGACCAGGGCCUGCAGCCCCUUCCUUUUGUUUGCGCAGGAGGCUUCUGUAGAAUGAGGUAGAACCAGAGAAUCACCAAAGAAGAAAGGGAAUAGGUUUAAUUGACUCACUAUAAAAGUUAUAAGCUGCAAACCAGGAAUUUGGCAUUGCUAAUCUAAGGGAGUCUUUGAAACUAUCCAUUUUUUUGUGGCCUCCAAAGCCCCGGUCUCAUCCUAAGUUCAGCGGAACACAAUGGUGGUCUCCUCUGCGCUACAACCUUUAACCUCCAGUCUACUACAGAGUUGCACAAUCCUACAAGAUAAACCAGCCACUAAGAACAACUUGAGGUGAUUUAGGACAAAUAUUAAUUCAGACAAAUGGCUCUUCUGAAUAGGCUAUGUAUGCCUACCCUCUCCUUGAAACAACUCAAAAUAAUUUUUAAACAAGAAUCUCACUUGGGACAGUUUGAUGAUUACAGUUAAGUAAUUACAGUUAAAUAAUGUUUAUAUCAAGAAUAUGUCAGCGGAAAUUAACAAUAUUAUUUUGGUAUUGUAAAAUAAAGAAUACAGAGAACAUAAGGAAGUCUUGUGAACUGAACUUUCCAAAACUGCAAAAAAUAGCACCAGGAGGGAGACAGCAGUAGAACCAUAUGUGCAGUCCAUUGUAAACACAUAUACCAUUAAAUAGUUUUGAAUUCUUUGAACUGGCAUGAGACUUAACAGAGUAAGUUCAUGAGCCAUUGAAUUCGCCUGCUUUGUACUUACACAAAAAUUAAUUCAAAGAAAAUAUUUCAAAGAAAGUAAUGCAGUCUGCAGAUUUGUAUUGUAAAAUAUAACAACCAUCAGUGAUUCAUGUUUUGCAUUACCUAGUUUCCCAAAGAUAUUCACAUACAGACCUCAGGUAAGUAAUUAAGUCCAGCUGAUCCAGUGGUGAAGAGAUACUGCAACCUCUCCUUACAGCUGCAGUGAAUGUUUUAGAAGAGCCAACAUUCAACAUGGCAUCAAAAAAAGACUUUAGGUUUAAACAAAAAGGAUCCUUUGUUUUUUAUUACAAGGGCAUAGAUCAGCUUUACUGGUCUUCAGCAUUUCUUUUGCAGACCCCUAACAGCUGCAUACACAUAUUUUUCUUAUAGGUACAUGGACUAAAAUCAGUUACAUUGUACAGUUUCAAGUAAAAAAAAAAUUUGUGGAGCAGAGUAAAAGCCACUAACAAAACAAUAGCAGGGCACAGGCAAAACUCCUUAAGAACAGCAUGCUUCAAAAUAGGAGGAUCUACCUUUCUGCCCCCAGAGACACUGAACACAUGCCUAUCCAAAUCCCAGCCCCACAGUCCAUUUUGAGCAGCGCACACCAAGGCCUGUCUGCAUCAAGAGCUGGAAGCUACAGCCUUGAGUUAGGAAACAGCUGCCAGCUCUUGGUGCAAAGUUUGGCAGCAGGGACUAAUAACCCAUCAUAUACAGAGGCAAGAGCAACUAACUGUAGGUAAACUACUUCUAUAGAAAAAUGCAGAAGAAAACAUUUCUCACCUGAGAGCAAUAGCUUGACAGCAAGGAAAAGUCAGUGGUUAUUAGUGGCAUGGCAUAGCAAAAUCAGCCCAUUUAUGGGUUACCCAGAUACAUGCCAUCUGGAGCUACAAAUUAUGGAGCGCAAAAGAAACACUAUCUCUUCCCAUCAAUAAGUUGGAGUAACUUGGCUGGCUUUAUGUAAUAAAGGUGAAUAAUGCUGUAAUGCUAAGUUUCCUCUCAGCUGAACUUCAGUAGUUUCCCUACCCUGAGGAACCAGACUUCAAGAUCAGCACAGGUAAGGUCCUAUUGCUAAUUAGGUUUUAGCUAAAUGCCCAUGCAGUCUGUGCAGCUCUCAUGCAAUUUCUGCUGGAAGUUGUUUUUGGCUCAGUUUCCUGAGGCAUUGAGUUUCUACUGUCCCUGAGCAUGUAUAUUUGUGUGCCUACCUGGGAGUCUCCCAACAAUAUCUGAAACCAUUGAGAAUUUCAACCAAAAGUGAAAAGAACAGUAAGGAACUGAGAUCCUACAUUCCUACAAGUUUCAACAAAGCAGCUAGCUCAGCAGAGGACAAAGCUCACAUUAAUCCACCCCUCCUCACUGGCAGAAAGAAGCUUGAUGAACUCCAGCCUUAUUAGACACAAAAAACAGUCUUUUUCAGUGAAAUAGGAAUAUUUUUGACAUUACAUUGCUUUAUGCUACCACUGAACAGCACAGAGAUUGCAAUUUCAGAAUAUCUGCUGGUCCACGUAGUUCACCCUUACAGGAAAUGUUCCUUCCCAUUGUACUGGAAGUGGAAGAUUUCUUGACAUAAAUCAUGAGGAAAGGCACCUAGGGCCUGAGGGCCAUGUUUCCCAUCACCAAGGAGCCUGUUCCUAUAAAUUCUCACAUAUUGAGGAUGCAUUGCUAACACGUCCUUGUGCGUAUUAGUAAAAAAAAGCUGGAUUAUAUCUGUUAUGAAAAAAAAUUCUUUAAAAAUAGUUUCUUUAUUAUAAAGCAUAACCUCCCCACAUCUGUGACUGUGCAUUUCCUCCUACCUCCUUGGGCAACCAAUCACCCUGCAGCCCAAGGAAGGCAAGAGAUUACACAAGAAUAAUGAAUUUCAGCAUGUAAUAAAGCCAAAAUGUAUAUGCACAGACUGAAAGAAUUAAGUGACAAAUAAAAAAGCUGGCAUUUCUUAAAACAACACCAUGUGACUUUGGUCUACUGGCUGCCUUGGAGCACAGAAUUAAAUCUAAUGAUGUUGUUUGCUCCUUGACAUGUGUAUUUCUCAAUUAUUUUGUAAGUAAUCUUGAGUCCCAAAGAAUUAUAAAAACAUCCCUUCAUGUCUCAUGCUGGUGCCAGUCUAAGAAAUGGCCUGGAACUCACUCUUUUACUGGUUUGUUUUUUUUUUUCUUUUUGCAAAGUCCAAUUGCAUAUGGAACUAAAAGAAUUAUAUGGCAGCAGAAACAUGUCAUAUUGCUAGAGAUCAUCUCUGACCAAUUUCUUUUAACUCAUCCCUGGCUCUCUGUACCUGCACAGUCUCAUGCAAAAGUAUAGAAUCAAUCACACUGCCAGAAAAGUAAUAAAGAUGGUUUCCUUUAGCAGAUCAUGCCUUUCAGUGAGAACGUCAGCCAUCUCAUUCACAUCUGUGAACAAACCAGUCUCCUUGCUCCUAUCUCUGAAAUGUCAUUUGCUGUUUUGAUCUAGCUGACAACAUAUUACCUGAUUUUUUUUAUAUUUUCAGAAGAAACUUUGGAUGUUGUACACUAUAGAUAACAUUCUGAAACAAUCAGGCAAAUCAUCAUUUCAAGAAAGCUGAAUGAGACUUUGGCAUAGGUAAAGAAUUCAGAAUUGGGUUUUACAAAGGAAGUUAAUAGCAGUUCUCAUUAGAUGAUCCAACAUUGCUGUGGCUCCCAUUUAAAACAAUAUCAACAGAAAUAGGACAGAUCUGAAACCUCUGCCUUCACCCUCCCCCAAAAAAAUUACUGUAGGCCAUCAAAAAAUUUAUUUCAUCCAUACGAUGCUAGGAAUCCUCCCCACAGAUAGUCCAUCACCAAAGCAGUCCCUGUGGACCUGCAGCAGUUCCUAGUUAGAAAAAUCCCCACAUCUUCCAGUGCCUUUUAUUACUCUAUUAGCUAAACUAGCUGAAUAACCUAAUGGUUAAAAAUACGCUUCUCUAUGUAGUACUCUCCACAAAGGCCUGCAAAAUUCCAAAGAAUGAAUCUUCGUGAUAUUUGCUUCCUUUUCCAGGUUUUGGUGGGAGUCAUUUGGUCUUUCUGAAUAAGGCCUAAAGCAGGUAUGAACUAAAAUUUUACAGAGGAAGGAAUGCAUACUACUAAAGGUAAUUGAGGUUGAUUUAAAGAAGGACAAAAAAAAACAUUAUGGACUAUCUUGAUACACUUAUGAAAGCUUAUGCUUAUGAAAGCAUUUUUUAGUACUAAAAGAGUAAAAAAUCCCUUUACUGCUGAUACUGCAUUAUAAAUAUUAAUUCACAAAUCAGAAUGAUAGCAAAAUGUGCAUAUUUCAGGAUAGGGUGUUACUGGUUCUUAAAACCACCUUUCAGAAGAAAGCAUAAUUAUGUUUCAACAUGUUCCCAUGCUUCAGAACUCAGUAAUGUUCUACAGACUUAUUUAGAUCUUUUAAAAACACAGCUUCUUGACAUUUAUAAUUGCUUUGUUGCAAAAGCAGUUUUAUAACAAUUGUCAAUUCCAUACUGACAGUUUGCUGUUCAUAUGCAGUUCUGGUCCUUUAGCAUACCAAGAUCAAAGCUGACAUGGCUGAUAUGAAAAAAAAAAAGUUUUUCUGAAACCAAGAAAAGAUUUCUGUGAAACAAAGAAAAGUGCAAUGAACAUCAGCAGAGGGCAAGUAAUAUUAUUUUUAUAAUUCACUUUUAUGUUUUGUAUCAAGAUAUGCUGAUUUUCUGAUUCAAAUUGCACAUCUGUUUAUGCAGUGUGAAUUUCUGUAGGUGCUUUUUAGGUGGUGAAAUUAAAACUUCCUGUAGUGUGUCCAUUGUAUUGUAGGUACUGAUUUCAUUAGCUUUUUGUUCAAAAAGCCUCCUGUGCAAAGUUUUGUUUCUGGUGUAAAUUACAUACUCAAGAGAUCUCUCCUUAAUACUUGCAAAACCAGAGAGAUUUCUUGAACAUAUUUAUGAUGGUUAGUUGGGGGCUUUCUGCCCAUGCCACUGCAGGAGCCAGAAGAGAGCUGCUCUGCCAGGUAAGGACUGGGAGAAUAGGAACCCCUGUUCUAGAAUUGGGCCAAAGGGGCAGCAUCUCCUAGGAACAAUACUUCCAGUUAGUGUGGUGGGAUGUGUAAACUCCAAAAGUAACCCAUAUGCUGUAGCCAGUUAAUUAGAUUGAGCUCACACAUGGAAGAAUGCAGGAAAAUACAGAUCUAGGCAAAUAGAGAAGAAAAACAAGGACAAAAUUCAGUUCUUUAAAGCUAAUGGGGUCUCUUUAAACUCUCACACCUUUGGCCUAAUUCUUAGCUACAGGCCCAAGUUUCUUUGUCAGUGGGGCUCCUCACACCAUAAACUCUCCUCAAGAUGUGCUCCUGGCCAUGAGCUUGUUUCACAUGCUUUUGUCCUGUGCAGGUUUGUCCUAUUUGCUACCCACUCAUGUCUACCUGCAUUCAGCAAAGUGUAACUGAAGAUGACACCAGUGUAAUGGGUCUUGUGAAAGCUCUAGCUUUUUCAUUAAUCUGGUCUGGUACAGUCUCCAAAAAGGCCUUAUCUGUCACAACAGGAGACCUUGCUUGUUCCAGAAGUACCUAAUUCUCUGAGCAAGAGGAAAAAAAAAUUAAAAUCUGAAAGACAGUACAAAGAGCAAGCUCUGUUCUCCAUUUCUUCUCCAUUCUUUCUAGUCCUUCUCCUUGCCAUCUGCUGGAGGCCAUUAUGUGCCUUACAUUUACCUGUAGAGAUGUAAGAUGUAAGGUCAAGAUGCACGUUUCAAAUGCAAUGCUGUGUUUUAGCUGCUGCUUCUCAACUGCUUGUCAACUGGAGCUCCUGUCCCCCUCUAGCCAUUCACACUGUGUUGUUAUGCCCCCUAUUAAAAAUAUAAUUUUGAUGGUUAUAUUAAAAAUACUCAGAUUUUCAAUAAAGUCUAACACAUAUUAAAAAAAGCAUCUCAUUGCACAUUUAUUCCUGUCAACAACAGCACUAUCAGAAACCUGUCUUCUUGUUGAAGCAAAAAAAACCACUGUUAAACUUGUUAAACAAAAAAAAAAAUAUUUUUUUUUAGUGUUUUCUGUUCAGUGCUGCAGUAAAGGACAGACAAAUAUAAGAUGAUACUAUAAACUGAACACCACUACAUACCUGUAAUUAGAAAUCCAUUAUUACGUAAGUUACCGGAGAAUUUUAAAUGAAGCUAUGUAAACACUUAAGACUACUAUAAGAAAAAGUCACAAAUAUUGGAAGUAGCAUCUGUAGCAGAUUCUGCAACAGAAGUUUCACUGUUUGUACAUAAAAAUUGAAGUUAUUAUUUGUGGCCUUUUGUUGUUGAGAAAAUACCACUAUUUUGUAUUUUUGAAUGGUUGAUCUUAAAAACUAAGAGGUAGCAACACAGAAGUUCAGCAACACAGAAGUUCACUUCAGCAACACAAAAGUUCACUUCAGCAACACAGUAAAAAUUUGUUUUAAAUAUCCACCUUUCACUGAAGUACAGCCUUUCUAGGUAUGGGUUUUUUUUGUUUCACAGUACAUCUAUAAACUGUAUGAGUACAUCAUCACACAAGUUUCUUCUAUCCAAAUGACAUCCCCAAUGAUAGUUUACCCUUUUACAAAAUAAAUUGCUGUUAUUAAAUCUGCAACUAUAAAUAAAAGUUUCCAGUCCUUUUGUCCUAAAUGAUAAAAAACAGCAUGGCAACAAUAAAAACAAAAAAUAAACUUCUUUUCUCUAGGAAAGCCUUUCAGCAAUACAUGCCCAUCACAUGAGCAAGUUAUACCUUCAGACAUGCAUCAUACAAUGCAUGGAGCGUUUGAGCACAUAAGGCCAUAUUCUCCUGUAAAGCAACUAGAUCUAGAAGAAAGGAAAAAACAUAGUCACCACAAAUAUACCUGUAAAUAAAAUAAAGAGACUUGGUACUUUUAUUCCUUACACUCACUAUGAGAAAAAACAGCAUCCUCCUAACACUCAGCUGGACAACCUGCAGUAACUCUUUCCAGAUUUUUAAUAAAAUUAAACAAUGAUCAAUUCCAACCUGAUUUGAAUUUUGAGCCAUUUAUACAAAUCCUUUAUCUUUUAUUUGAUCCAUUAUGAAAUUUGUUGCUUAUGGAAAUUCAAGACUAUGAUCAAGCCAUAUUUGUUAGAGGUUGCACUCCUUUCAGUAAGAUACAUCUCCCACUCUUUCAUCUUUACAACUCUUUACCCACUUCUCCACACUUCUUCAUUCUUCAAUUGCUGACACUGAACAUGUAUAUCUAAUUAAAUGUAUCAGGACCAAAUAAAAGAGAAUAUAUUUAUGUUUCCUAUUUAUUAAACCCAUUAAAAUCCUUUUUAUAGAAGCCUUUCUA